AUGACAUUUGAAGACACACAUGACAUCAAGGAGUUGGAUGAAGAGGUGUCUGUGUAUUCGCCAAAGCAACAUAUCGUCCGAGUAUGGAACAUGUUCAUUUCUAUUGCGUGUUUAGCAGCUGUGACAGUAUCUCUGUAUGAGCUGUUUGUCAACUCUACUGUCGAAGGAGUCAUCUUCCUGAGAUAUGGUCUGGAUGUGGUCUUCAUCUUUAACAUUAUCUCACGCUUUCACAUUGGAUACGAAAGUCAUGGGGUGGUUAUAAUAGACCCUAAAAGAGUCCGGAAAAAGUACCUUAUGACUUGGUUUUUAUUGGACCUCUUGUCUGUUGUACCCCUGGAAACAUUAAAAACUGCCUUUUGGGAGAUAAAGUUCUUGCAUGUUAAUAGAUGUCUGAGAGUGUUCAGGUUGUUUGGUAUAAUAACCUCGUUCAGUAAGGAGCCAGACACCAACAAAGUUCAUGUAACAGCCCUCAACUGUUUCUCCAUUGCGGUCCUGUGUAUUCAAACCUCAGCAUGCAUUUGGUUUAAUCAGGCAUGUGAUGGAGCUUAUGAUGGUCAUGGAAGAUAUUGCCCCAAAGAGGAGAACUGGUUGCAACUGCUACCAGAAUAUUCUUCUAAUUUGACGGCAGUCACAGACAUGGAGUUCUAUGCUACAUCACUAUAUUGGUCAGCUAUCACAUUAUGCUCCAUAGGCUUUGGAGAUAUACAUGCUACAAAUUUGGAAGAGGUCACAGUUGCGUCAUUUGUGAUGGUGGUUGGAUUGCUUGCCUUCUCUGGAAUCAUCAUGACCAGUAUGAGCUCCAUUAUAAGCAACAUGGAUGCACAAAGAGGAAGAUUCUACCAUAGGAUGGAAACCGUUCAUCAUUAUGUGACACAUAUGGGCUUACCAGAGGAAAUCCAGACAUGGGUGCACACAUAUUAUUACUAUCUCUGGACACACCAGAAGGGCCGUGUCAUCACAGGACUAAUGGAUGAUCUCCCAUUUGUCUUGCACUCAGACAUUUCAAGCUGUUGUUACAAACCUCUGCUGAAAAAAGCAAAGUUAUUCAGAGAAACACAAGAUGGCUUCAAAAGGGCUUUGUCACUGAAAUGUCACACCUACACAUACAGUCCUGGACAAAUUCUGGUUAAAGCUGGAGAAGUGUAUCAAAAUCUGUAUUACAUUAAACAUGGACGUGUGCAGGUUCUUGGAGAAAAUUCUAGGGAUGAAAUUGCAACACUACUGCCUGGCUCAUUGUUUGGAGAGGUCCAUUUGCUGUACAAAAUUCCUCGAAAUGCAACAGUAUAUGUGUCAACGUUGUGUGAAAUUUGCAUAUUGGGGCACAAAGAUUUGCUUUCACUCUUUGCUGACUACCCUGAAGCUGGUGUUAAGAUUGCCAGAGCCGCCAAAACACGUGUUGAGAAUUUCAAAUACCCCCUACGAGAAGCUUUUGCAUAUGGACUUGCCUCCCACCCACAAAACGUUGUGUUUGAUAAGGACCUGAGAAGUGACUUUCAGACUUUUUGGAAGAGAACUGUUCACCCUGAUAGUGACUUUAUAAAGAAUUGGGAGGCCUUCUUUUUCUGGUGCAUCACUGUUUCAAUUUUCCUGGAGACGUGGGUGGUUUUUUUCACUAACAAUGUGUACACAAUAGGUAUGUAUAUUGAAGGCUGGGGUGCGCUUUACCUUGCAAUUGGUGGCGUGAUUGACUUUGUUGCUGCGUUUGACAUACUUGUGAAUCUACGCACUGAAGUUGUAACUGAAGAUGGAUACGUGACAGAUUUCACAGUAAUAUUUCAAACAUAUCGGAAGUCUUGGAACUUGUAUUAUGAUGUCCUUGCUGUUCUGCCCUUGGAUUUCAUUUCUUUUGCCUAUGAUGAUGGAGAACAUUGGAAACUUUUGAGUCUACUCAGGCUGAAUAGACUUAUUUGGCUUCGUAGGAUUUAUCUGUAUUUCUACAAAAGAGAAAGUGACAUAUAUGCAAACCUGUUUGUACAACGGACUGCGAAAUGCCUCUUCCUCCUGAUUUUCUCUGUGCAUUUUUGUGCUGGACUGUUGUACCUGUCAGCAUGCUUUGAAUUCAAAUGUCAUGAGGAAUCAUGGGCAUGGAAUGCUGGACUUAAUUCUAACCAGUCCAAUUUCUAUCAUUACAUGUAUGCAGCAUAUUGGACAACUACGAUUAUGACAAGUGUUGGAUAUGGUGACAUCCUUCCUGGUUCGUUGAUUGAACGAUGUCUUGCAGUUCUUGUUGGUUUUAUUGGCGUGUUGAUUUUCAACUACAUAAUUGGCCAGGUUUUUGCCACGGUAUCAGGUGAAAAUGCUAUCAGGGUGACUUUCCAGAACCUUCUUUCUGCAAUGCGUGACUUCAUGGAACGACACAACCUUACUAUAUCUCAGCAAAACCGAGUCAUGGAAUAUAUGAAUCUCCUGUGGUCAAAAUACCAAGGUGAAGCAUACCCUGGAGGACCAUUUUUAAUGCGUGACUUGCCAGUUGAACUGAAACAGACUGUCCUCAUGGCAGAGAGAGGGGAGCUUCUAUCAAAGAUUCCUUACUUUGAAGAAGCUGGACUGUCAUUUAUACAGGACCUUGCAUCAACCUCAGUCAUGUACUUUUUUCCCAAAGGGGAAAUCAUCCAGUAUAGUAAUACUAUCACAAGAGAACUCUUUUGCAUUCGAGAAGGAACAUGUCAGAUUUUGAAUGAUGACCUUUCAGAAAUUGUUGGACGCUAUCGAAAGGGCAUGUAUUUUGGAGAGGCAGGUUUUUUGUUUGGAAAACAAGCCACGUUGACAGUGCGUGCAAUGACGUGCUGUGAAAUUUUAGUUCUUGAUUUUGACAAGGUCAGAGUAGUUCUUGAGAAAUAUCCCGUUCUUAUAGGACAAAUUGAAGAACUUCAAGCAAACUCGGAGUGCUACCAGACAUUGGUCGACACUGUGGAGAAAAAAAUGAAAAGGCAAUGCAAAGUCCAAGAUGAUUCAGAGGGUGUACAUAAGAAGAAGAAAGUCCCAUUGACAUUUCAGGGCCGAAGAUAUUCGAAGAAGUCAAAAUGCUAUGUGGAGGACUUUGGAAACAUUCCAAUCUACGCUGGAUCAGAGGAAGAAACUGUUGCUGAAAAAGCACAGAAACUUCAAAAGAAACGACUAGGAGCACGGAGGCCAAAAACAGUAAAGGAGCACAUUACACAUUUCAUCUCAAGGUCAUGUCCAUCUGUUUUCUUAAUGAGGAGAGCCAUUUUGCCCAGCAAUUCACUGUAUGUAAGAUGGGAGUUUUUCCGGACCAUGUUAGCCGUCGCAGUCAGUGUCAUUUCGUCAUUGCUUUUUGCAUUUUUACACUACAAAAUGGAGCUGUGGAUUGUUUGUUACGUAUUGGGAUUGCUUUGUUGGAUUGACAUGUAUAUCCGAAUGCAUGUUGCUUUCUACAAAAGCAAUGACCUCCAAGUUGACACACUGGAAACAGCACAUCAUUAUGUCAAAAACGGCUUCCUUAUGGAUUUCAUAACCUGCUUUCCCUGGGAAGUUGUGGGUUGGAUGAUGGUUUCACCAUUCAGUAAAAAUGGAUUUUAUGCCAAUCCUGAAGCAUUACAUCUUUACGCUUACUUAAGGAUCCCGCAUAUUUUCCAGUUGUAUCGCGUUCCCCUUGCAUUUUCGUACAUGCAGGCUGACAUUGGCGCAGAAAAGAACAUUAUUACUUUUGUAAAGUUGUUAUUGUAUUGCACCCUCUUCAUACACUUCAUCACUUGUAUUGUCUUUGCAAGUGUGUGCCCUGUAGCGGACAUUCAUGGAGACACCACAUAUUACCUGCUCCCAAUGACAAAGCACAAUUGUACACCAUUUACAUGGGUCAAACAUUUGGACAGGUCAUUUAAUGUAGAUUUUGACGCUGUUACUUUCUCGAAGUUAUAUAUAGUAAGCUUUUACUUUGCAACCACAACAAUAUGUGGUGUUGGAUUCGGGGACAUACAUCCAAGCGUAACUUCAAUGAAAAUUGGCAUGAUUCUAAUCAUGAUUGCUGGGACACUGUUUUGUGGCUGGUUAUCUGGCACUAUUACUGCUAUGCUGGCUAACGCUGAUGCCAUGAGAGCUGCUUAUACUGAAAGAACUGAGAGCAUGAAAUUAUUCCUUAAGAGCCAUGAAAUAACUGGGGCUUUAUACGACAGUAUAAUUGGAUUUUACACAUUCCGAUGGAUUCGCACGAAAGGAAUUGAUCAAGACAAACUGUUUGAGUAUUUACCCUCUUCACUAGUUGGUGAUAUAUCAACAGUUCUUUAUGCUGAUUUUAUAGCAAAGGUGUUUGGUCUUAAUAUCCAGAGGAAGAAUGAGAAUGAAUCAGUGAUGCAUCGUUUGACUCCUCUGGAAAUCAGGAAAGCGGGAAAACUCAAUGGGCCAUUUUUUGAGACAAUGCUGACAAAGGAGAAUAUGGAGCAGUUAGAAACGGAUGGAUGUUUCAUUCGCCUGUUAGCCAGAAGAAUUCGACCAUGCCUUUACAGAGCCAGUGAUCUCAUAUAUAAGAAAAAUGACUAUGGAUCAGAGAUGUACUUCAUUGAAAAGGGAGAAGUGGAUGUGCUGUCAAAGGAUGAAUUAACAGUUGUUGUCAAACUAAAAGCUGGACAAUACUUUGGUGAGAGAAGUUUGCUCCUGGGAGAACCAAGAGCAGCAACAAUAAGGGCUGCAACAAACUGUGAUCUGUAUGUAUUAUCCAAGAAAAGCCUUGAUGAAACUUUCAAGUACUACCCUUGCAUUUACAAGCAAAUCCAAAGAGCAGCUGACUUGAUGAAAGACCAGUUACACCAGGAGGAUCAUGACAUCAGAACAUUCAGAAAGGCUGAAACUGCUGAAGACAUUCUCCUUAGAGAUGGCGGAUAUUUAAAACUCUACAGGGAUUGCAUGGCAGAGGAAGAGCAGAGAGCUGAACAAAAUGCUCGUCCUUUGCAUAUCAGACUGUGGACAGCAGUCCAAGGAAUGUUCACAAUGAUUUUCAACACCAUGAACAAAAUACACAACAAAACCAUUGAUCCAGAGAACACUUUUCGAGUGGUCUAUCAGUACACAUCUUGUCUCCUGAUCGUAAUUCUUUUCUGGGCACUAACAUACAUGUCUUCUGUUUAUGAUGUUGACUGGUAUAUCUUCUUGCUCACAAUGAUUGUUGAGUUCAUUCAGAUGAUUGAGAUCAUCUUGAAGUUUCACAUUUGUUAUUAUGAUGAGAGUGGAACAUAUAUUUCAGACUACAAAUCAACAUCGCAGAACUACAUGAAGAGAAAAAUUGGAUAUGUCUUUGAUCUGGUCUGCUCAUUUCCAUAUGGCCUUCUAGUUUUGCACCAAAUGUAUACAAAGGAGCCAGCAACAUUCCUGCCUAUGAUCAUUUAUGCCCGGAUGGCUCACUUACCACGCAUCAUUACACUUUUAGUGUUUAUGAGGAAGGAAGAACAGUCAAUAACAACCAAUCUCCUGUGCAUUAGGAUCAUCAAGUACUUGGUACAUGCAGUCCUCUAUAUUCACUGUGCGGCAGUGUUAUGGAUUUCAUUUGUUAAGAUGCAUGGAUUACUGUCAUGGGUGGGUGAAACAGAGAUUUUUUCCUUCCCUGAAAUGUACAGAUACGCUACCUACUUGGUGUUACAAAUCUACACAACAACAGGAUAUGGUGACAUAAAGGCAGCAAACCUUGAAGAAAUUAUUGUAUUCAUUAUGUUAAUGAUUCUGGCAAAAAUUCAAGUGAAUUAUAAAAUGGGACUUCUCACUUCUACACAAACAAACAAGAGGGCACUGCAGGUAGCCUAUGAAGAGAAGUUAGAGACUAUUCAGACAUACAUGAUGGAUAAGAAAAUACCAUCUGCACUGCAGAAACGUGUGAUGCAAUUCUACAAUUAUCGAUGGAAUCGCACCAAUGGGACAGAUGCUGAAGUUUUGUUCGAAGACAUCCCACACUGUUUGAAGAUGGAGAUUUUGUCAAGAAUCUGCAUAAAGCUUUUGAGGAAACAUCAGCUGUUCAGUCACCUCCCAGAACCUUUUCUGAGGGAACUUUCCACAAGAAUGCUCAUCAGAUGCUUCCCUCUUGGAGAAUACAUUUACAGAAAGGGAGACACUGGCACUGGAAUGUUCUUGAUAUUAAUUGGCAAGGUAAAAUUGUGUCCAGACACAAGAGGCACAAAGAUCAUUGCGCGUCUCUCUGCUGGAGCAGCUUUUGGGGAUCAGUUCUUACUGAAACGUGCACUCUACAGAGACACAGCCAUUGCUGAAAACUAUGUAGAUAUUGCCAUUCUCUCCAAAGACUCUUUUGAAGAUGUUGGUCUCUUAUAUCCAACUGUUAUGAGCAAGCUGCUGAAGACAGCCGCUGGAAUUCUGAAGCUGUAGUGUAAUUGUCAAGCUUCUUUAUAGGGACUAAUACAGUAGUAGUUGCCUCAAUUAAUAACAAAGUCGCCUCAGCUGAUGAAAGCAGCAUUUUAGCUGAAUACUAUACAUUUUGUACUGUAAUAGUAGUCAGUUAAAUAGAUCACUAUAUAGUAAGUUUGUUUUUAAAUUUGAUUUUUAGUCCAACCUGUUGAUAAAAGCAGUAGUUUGUUCAUACUAUGUUCUACUGUAACUGAAUGUCAUUUAAAUGAGUUUAUGGUUACUGUUAUGUUUUUGCACUGUGUAUUGAUGGUAAUGCCUGAGAAAUUUAAACCACUUUAGACUCCCAACUUUGUAACAUAUUUAUGCAGUUAGUUUUAACAGCUGUGAAGCCUUUUAUGGAUGUGUCUGGCUAAAUAGCAAAA